CUACCGCCUACUUCGAAAUAUUUACAGUUCCCGCCUCAAGAGAAGAUCUUAUCUUCAGCGAGGGUAUCAAGCACAAGCCGCGACCCAAACAGAUAUCCACUUUUCAGUUUUCAGUUUGCCCCCAAAUAUUUUCCAUCUCCUCAUCCGACCUCUGCCGGUGUAAGUGAGAGGUGGGGUUUCUUAAUAUGUGGAUCAAAGGGUUAAGAAUUCGUUGAUUUCGAUGAAUAGGUGCAGUGGGGUUCGAGUUUAUAUGUACUGAAAGUUGAAUCCAGGAUUAGGUUGGUAGGAUCUGUUUCUUAGAAGCGAAUUCAUGAUGAGCAGUGAUGGUUCUGCUGAUGGGUUGCGGAAAAACCGACUUGUCCUAGCUGACCUGACAAAUCAAGCAGGGAAAAGGGGUUUUCAGUUUAUUUCGGGUAAUAGGGGUGUUAAGUCUGGGGAUGGGCAUGGCAACACCGUGGACUACAAGCAGGGAGAUUUAGAGUUUGCAAAGCGAGUAUGCCAAGGGGUGGAAAAUUUGAUGAGGGGGAAAUGCAAUACCAAUUGUGGAUUAAAUGGUGAUGACGAGGAUUUGUCUCUGUUAAAGGGUAAGAAGGUUUGUGGUUUGCGGGAAAAUAUCUCGUCUCUGAUCUCAAACAUUCCCAAAGAAAUCAAGGAGCCUUCCAACUUCUUGGACAACAGCACUGGCAUUGCUUUGGGCGGUGUUGUAAUACCUUCUGAUAAGGAAGUGGGCAAUGCAUCAAGAGAUAGUUGUCCUUCUAGUGGUUCAAUGCCCACAGGAUCAGAACCGAGCGAAAGUGAGGGUUAUAAUUUUGGAGAAAAAUGUCAAGAUGAUGAUCAAAUAAUUGCUUUUGAUGUUACACAAAAGGGUCCCUCACUUGGAUCUUGUGGAAAUGAUGGCAAGGGUGCACCUGUUGUUGAUAUGCCAAAUAGAUAUGGUUCUGUUGAUUUCUCGAGAUUUGCUGAGUCACAAGGGUCUAAAUCUUUUGAAUUGGGGAGAUGCACAGGACUCAAGAAUGAUGCUUGUUCUAAUCUAAAUGUUGAUGCUAACAUGCUCAAGGCCUGCUCUUGUCCUUUUUGCUUGAAAGCUGCCUAUAUUUGGUCGGAUCUUCAUUACCAGGAUAUCAAGGGUCGGAUUGCUGCAUUAAAGAAGAGUCAAAAGGAAGCAAGCAUUUUGGUUCAAAGAAGUUGUAGGGCUAAGGAGACUGAUGCACAUGGUCAUGUGAAUCCCAAUAAAGCUUCUAAAUUAGAAUCUGAGCUUAUGGGUCAGUGGAGGUCGCUCUUUCUCAGUAUGGGGGAUAUACUUGCUCACGAAAACGGCCAGCUUCAAAGCAGUUUUCUCACACUAAAGGAUUUGAGGGAAAACUGCAAGACUAAUCUGGAGUUGACUAAUCGGAUGCCUUCUGAUAAACAGUAGUGUUCUUCUGAAGCUUCUAGUGAUCAUAUGGUUAUCGACUCACUCCAAUUCCGGUAAUUUGCGUGUGAUACCGGCUUAUUGUUUAGAAAGUUUCUUGAAGAUUUACCAUUCUCACAAAGCUGUAAAACAUCUGCAAAUUAUGUACUAUCAACCAUUGCCUUUAUUGCCCUUUUCCUGAACAGAAAUUUGCAUGCUCUGGAAAUUGAAAUUUUCUUUUCUGUCUUUUUUUUUUUUUUUCAUUAGACCCCUGUUCUUCUCCCUGGGCCAGUGUUUCCAUUGGAAUCUGCACAUUGCUUAGUUGGGUGGAUUUUAUCAACAAUUUUGAGGCUGUGGGAUUCUAUAAACCUAAAAGAUCCAGUUUAGAUUUUUUACUUGUAAUGAUUUGUCCAUUGAAGUACAAUUUCUUUUUGUUGC